AUGCGCCGGCCAAAGCAACGGAACACAAAAUCAGUACACGGGAUUCUAGUUGCGUUCAUCGUAUUUCUCCUGUUGACAGACCCAUGUGGGGCAUUACUUUACCCUACAAGUACUGUACUCCAGUUGACAACAUCUAUGUCGGUGCCAAUUGAUAUUCCAGAUUCGCGAAAGGUCUUCAUCGAUUUGGGAUUUCAAAUGAACUAUAAUUUGCCAUUUGAUCUUGCGUCAUUCUACAAUCCGGCCAUUUGGUCCAAUGCCUUGGAGCGUCGUCGCAAGCGUCAAUUGGAUGGCUUUACGGGCACAGUCCGGCAGCUACUGGACGCUGAGAACGAUAUUCAUCCAAAUGAUUUCACUGCCGGCCAGCUAUAUGCAGGCUUGGAGCAUCGCUUACAGGAUUAUGGCUUCCAUAGAUCCUGCUUGCUGCGCAGUGUCUGUGAACUGGCCCUGCAUCCAUUAGCGGAUAAUCACAGCUACAACUACAGUUUGAUCGUACAGAUUAUCACCUUUCUGCUAACGCCAUCGCAGCAUGAAGGAUUUGGACCAAAUGAAAAGUUGUAUCAACAUCGAUAUGAACGCGCUGAGAGAUUAGGUUUUAUGGGCGGCAAUUGCCAGAAGGCGUAUCCAAAGUGUGAGCUGGAUAUGUUAAAUAUAUUCAGCAGAAUAGUAAGAUGAAAUUAAAGUUGUUAUUA